AUGACCUAUCAACCAUAUGGUUUGUUUGAUUUUACAGGAUCAUUUCAAAAGAUGCAUGGUGAUGAGGCAACAAUAUCACAGUCAUCAAUGUGUCGAAUCAUCAAAGAUGUGUCGGAAGCUAUAGCAAGAAGGAAGAGGCAAUACAUGAAGUUUCCUUCGACAAGAGAAGAAGUUGAAGCAACUCAGCGACAGUUCUACCAGUACUGUAGAUUUCCAGGAGUGAUAGGUGCAAUUGAUGGGACACAUGUCAACAUCAGGAGCCCUGGUGGGGAUCAGGCAAUAUACUUCCUCAACAGGAAGAAUAGAUACUUGAUCAAUGUACAGGUUGUUUGUGAUCAGGCUGGGAAAAUAACAAUCAUCGUUGCCAGAUGGCCUGGCAGCACACAUGAUUCCCGUAUUUUCCCGGAGUGCACACUGAAGGAGCAGCUAGAGGCAAGAGCUGAUGGUUCUGAGAGGCUACUUGGAGAUAGUAGGUAUAUGGAUUUUCAUUUUUGUCUCGCCCACAAGAGGUGA